UAUGCCUUUGCUCUUUAAUUAGAAGUACUGCUGACAAGGCAAAACUACAUAUGACCUUUGCCCUUUAACCACAUGCCCAUUUCUACUCACUACUUUACCUAAGUACCUACUGCUCAAGCACACAAGAUGCCUCAGUUUAAAGUUCGGGUGAAAUGGGGUAAGCAAAAGUUCAAUGAUGUUGACCUGAGCACGGCUGAGGCCCCAGAAGUUUUCAAAAUGCAGCUCUUUUCAUUGACUGGAGUGGCUCCUGAUCGUCAAAAAGUUAUGAUUGGAGGUGUUGUCGUACAAAACGAUACCUGGGGCAAAGCAGAACCGAAAGUCAAGCAAAAUGCCACGUUUCUUAUGAUGGGCUCAGCAGAUGAGCUUCCCUCAGCUCCAGUGGAGAAGACAAAGUUCAUUGAGGACAUGACGGAUGAAGACGCAGCUGCUGCCAUGUUUGUGCCGUGUGGUCUGGAGAACUUUGGCAACACUUGUUACAUGAACGCUACUCUCCAGUGUCUUAAAGUUAUCCCGGAACUUAAGGACGCGCUAACAAGGUUCUCCUCCUCUGAUCCCAGUGUAGUCUCUGGUAUUCCAGCCUCCAUCACUGGUGCACUGAAGCUAUUGUAUAGAAUGAUGGGCAAGAACCAGCCUGAUAUGCCUCUACUGCUGUUUAUGAAGUCUCUUCACGAAGCUAUGCCUCACUUCGCUGAGCGAGACGAAAAAUCUGGUGCCUUCAAACAGCAGGAUGCUCAUGAGUGCUGGUCUACAGUCUUGUCCAAUCUGGGGGCAGUGCUCAAGUUUAGCAAACCACAGGAAGAUGAGGCAACUGCCCAACUCAAGUUCAUUGACCAAUAUUUUGGUGUUGAGCAGCAGUCAGUGUACCAAUGCAUCGAGAGCCCCGAUGAGCCAGAAACAACCGAGACUGAGAAGAACCUCCAGGUCUCCUGCUUCAUAGCACAAGAUGUUAGGUACAUACAUACUGCCCUAAAGAAAGGUCUUGAAGGUGAGAUAGAAAAGAGUUCUCCAGGUUUGGGUCGCAAUGCUCUCUACAAGAAGACGACUCGGUUCUCACGACUUCCAGCGUACCUGACUGUCCAGUUUGUCCGGUUCUUUGUCGGCAAAGCACCAAACUCAGAGGAUAUUGUGUCAAAGAAGAUAUUGAAGGAUGUCAAGUUCCAGAUGAAGCUGGACAUGUAUGACUUCUGCACUCCUGGACUGCAAGAUAAAAUGUUACCCAUCAGGAGAAAAUAUAAAGAAGUAGAAGACAAGAAAAUUGCACUGAAAGCGAAAGCAAUAUCGGAGUUCAAAGCUGGUGAAUUGAAAGCAAUAGACACCAGCAAAGCAGUAGCGUAUCAACCGUACGACUUUCCUGAGGAUCCUGGCUGCAGCAACAGUGGUAUGUAUGAGCUGCAGGCAGUGCUGACUCAUCAAGGCCGCUCCUCCUCCUCUGGGCACUACCUGGCCUGGGUGAAGCACUCAGGUAAUGUCUGGCUCAAACUAGAUGAUGACAAGGUCUACAUGGUGCUAGAGGAAGACAUACUCAAGCUCUCUGGUGGAGGUGACUGGCAUGUGGCCUAUAUUCUGCUGUACGGCCCUCAGCGACUCGAGAAACUAGCCGAGGAUGUCCCCACUGCCGAGGAUAUGGUCACUGACCCUCCAACUGCUGACUCUAGUAGUACAAAUGAUGCUGCCGCACCCUAGCUAGUGGUGUCAGCAGUGUAUAAGUUAUUCAUUAUUAUGAGAAAAUAAUCAUCUAUUGUGUAUACUGAUAUUCAUGUACUGUAAUAAUUAUAUGGAUGUUAUCAUGCACUUCAUGUACCUGUGUUGUUGACAACAUGUUCCAUCUAUGGUAUAAUUAUGAUAUAUAUAGUUCUGAUUUCAAUUGAAACUAAAA